AUGUCAGUGAUAAAUGCUUUUCUUGCAACUUUGACUUUCGAAUUUAACAAACAGGGUAAAGGCCGUAUAUUUCUACUGCCAUCGCAUAUAGCAACUAAGUGGGAUAACCCACACUUACCACCCUGGAUGGCAACAAAGAUUGCCAUGUUAAAAUUUACUUGGAUUUUUGCACCUAUUCAUGUAUCAAACCACUGGAUCUUGCUUGUUGCACACAUCCCAUCAAUGAGUGCUUGUGUUCUUGAUUCAUUGAAUGGAGACGAUGAUACACAUCUUGAAAAUUUCAGUAAAUACAUGAAAGAGAGGGCAUCAAAAACAAGGGAACUUGAUGGAGAGUGGAAGAAGAACACACAAUUGUUCUCAGGCAAGCAAGAAAACGGCUACAGUUGUGGGGACUUUGUGAUGAUGAAUGCAUUGGCAAUCAGCAAGCAUGUAUUCCCCAACUGUUUAAAUCAAGAGAAUGCCAACAAGAUGCGGGCAUUUGUAAAGCAAAUGUUUCUGGCGAAAGGCAAGAGGUCACAGAAUUGUGACUCAUGCAAUGGAAGGAACAGCUCUAAUGAGUGGAUUACGUGUGAUGUGUGUGGUAGAUGGUACCAUAAAAACACCACUUGUUCCUCUUCCGUCACAUCAUCAACCACAGAGUGGGAGUGUCAAAUUUGUAUUGAUAAUUGAAAAUUAUAGGGUUCAAUCUUGCUUUCAUCUUUAGUAAUUUUGCAGCUUAUAUGUAAUUCCAUGUGAUUUUCAUGCUCAAAGCAAAUUUUUGGUUGAUUUUUAGCUUAGCAAACUACAUACCAAUAAAAUUGGGUGCUAAUUUGUCCAACCCU